CCGAAGAUCGUUCGUUUCGACCAGCUUCAACCGUGUAUUGCCGGACGGCUCCAUUGCAGAGCGCGUGUGGUUCACCGUGGUGUGAGUGUCAAGUGUGGAGGUACUCCUGCCAGCCAGCAGCAAUAAAACUCCGUUUUCGUUCGAGAGUUGGAACGGUUUUCCGACGCAAAUUUUGACACUUUCCCGACGAUUGUAUAAACUUGCGAUGGCUCCGGGUGCUAUCGUGGCUGGAAAACUCAUCGAUGUCGCCUGAACGGUACUAAUCGAUCCGCUCGAAGCAGUCGAAAAUUGUGUUUCGGGAAAAAAUGUGGAAUGUGUGUUAUUAUCUCUCUCACUCUGACUUUGAUGGUUCCACGGAGUGUUACAGUGCCGUGAUAGGGUGGUGGUAGUGUUUUGACCGUUUUCUGAGUGCCCAGUGCCCGUGCGGACAACCUGUCAGAGGCGAAGCGGUGUGAGUGUAAGGUCCCAAUUUGGGGGUAAAUUGUACAACUUGCUUGUACUAGUAUGGGGAACUUCACCGGAGUGGAGGAGAUCGCGAUCGCCAGGUUUAAUUUUGCUACUGAUAGUAAACUUAUAGCUCAGAGCUAGGACUUUUCUUAAAAAUUUGAAGGUGGAAAAAACUGUAGUAAACAACUGAUUUUUAAUUGAUUCAUGUGGUAAACGAAAGAGGUUAUCAGUACGGGAAGCAGCUAAAAGUGUCAUGAGAGAUCUCCCGGUGACAGUGUAAGAGUGCGGUCGGUAGGAAUUUCCUCGCACACUAUCAAGAAGCGAGUUGAGCUGCCAAGUGCUGCUAUCAAACAGAGUUCCCCUCCCCGUGAGAGGGAGAGACCCACAGGUGUGUUUAUUUUUGCUCCCGUUUUUUUUAACUGCGUUGUUGAGGUUCUGUCAAACGGUGAAGAUUGACAGAGAGCAGCAGCAGCAGUGAAGAAGGGCCCCGUUGAUAAUGACCAGUCGCGGUUGAAGUAGAACGAAUGACCCUCUGCGAUCAAGGACCGCAGGCACGAAGAAGCGGUUGUGUGAGCGUGCGGGCUUGUGCGCAAUUCGAGAAAGUGACGAAGAAAAUUUGCGUGAGGAAUGUGUCAGUCUGGGGGACGCACCGAUGGACCGAUGGAGCUACGGAAGGAAGCAGCAACAACGCAGCCUCGGCGGUUAUCAGCGCCACUGUCAGAGCACUGCGGCUCGUGUGUGUGCGUGUCGGUUUGAGCCCUCGAGGAGUGGGCUGUGUGUUGUUUUUUAAUGAUUCCUGAUUAGCGUACUCAUUUACCGAUGCUGCGUUUGUUUUGACCUGCAUGAAGCGUGGUAAACAUAGAAGUAUUUUGAUAAGCAUAUGAUAUCCACUCUCUGGCUAACCGAAAAACUCCGAGCAGCGCCAAUCGCAAAACGACUCGCUUUCCUGUUGGAAGAACGGAAUGAAUGAACAUAACUUCGCACGGGUAGAAAUAAACAACAAUUCGCCGAAAGCCACAGUCAAACUGAAUUGAAAGACUUUGAUGAAGAUGGCCGUCGUCGCCGUUGUUCGUCAGUUCCACGCGUGAAGUGGUGAAAAUUCAGAAGAAAAUUCAAUUUCAACUUGUGACCACGAAGACGGAAGGUGUUGGUAGUGAAGGAAGGGGUGGUAGAGAUUUAUAAGCGCUUCGUAGUUCAAGCGCACUUGGGGCAUCGGGAUAAUCGGAAAGUUCUUCGGCUGGUCGGUCUGUCGAUCGGUCGGUCCGGUCCGGUCUGGUCCGGUCGUAGGGACGAAAAUCAAUUAAGCUUUAUGGGUGCUACAAUGCUGCAGCAGAACCGCGCGAGGUCAUCGUCAUCGUCGUCGGUGGUGUCGGUGCGGAAUGGUGAACGGGGCAUAAAUUGUGAAUCUCUGUCAGUUUAAUUUCGACGGUGAGCAAAAUUAUAGGAUUUUUAUAUUUGUGAGUGUUUGCGGUGUGAAACGAGUGAGAAAUGCAGCGGCAGUGGUUUCCAUUCGAGGAGCGUCGAUUCAUCUGAGGAGGAAAAAUGUCGCAGCGUGAUUUUUCAGAGAACGAACCGGAAGGCACGCCGGAACUACCGGCCGCCAAUCGAGCGCUAUUCCUGGAGAAAGUGCGCCAAUCGAACACUGCCUGCCAAAAUGGGGACUUCACCACGGCAGUGCAGCUUUACACGGACGCGUUAUCGUUGGACCCGAGUAAUCACAUCCUCUACAGCAACCGAUCAGCGGCUCGGCUCAAGCAAGGUCAGUUUGCGCUGGCUCUACAGGAUGCCACCAGGGCACGGGAGCUGUGCCCUCAGUGGCCGAAAGCAUACUUUCGGCAAGGUGUAGCACUACAGUGUCUCGGCCGCUAUGGUGAAGCAUUAGCGGCCUUUAGUUCGGGGCUAGCCCAGGACCCCAACUCUAAACAGUUACUGGCAGGAUUAGUGGAGGCUUCAAUCAAAAGCCCCCUACGACAUGCACUGGAGCCAACUUUUCAGCAGUUGAAAGCAAUGAAACUAGAUCAGUCACCGUUCGUAGUGAUAUCAGUGGUGGGACAGGAGCUUCUCGGUGCAGGCCAGUAUCACUCGGCAGUCACCGUUCUCGAGUCAGCCCUCCGGAUAGGAUCGUGUUCACUGAAACUACGAGGUUCCGUUUUUAGUGCACUAAGUUCCGCCCACUGGGCACUUAACCAAUUGGACAAAGCGAUCGCCUAUAUGCAGCAGGAUUUAGCAGUUGCGAAAAGUCUCGGUGAUACCGCGGGCGAGUGUCGUGCUCACGGGAACCUUGGUUCCGCCUACUUCAGUCAGGGUUCGUACAAAGAAGCUCUAACAUCGCAUCGCUAUCAGCUGGUACUUGCGAUGAAGUGUAAAGAUACUCAGGCAGCCGCUGCCGCCCUGACCUCCCUGGGGCACGUUUAUACCGCCAUCGGUGAUUACCCGAAUGCUCUUGCCUCCCACAAACAGUGUGUACAGUUAGUGAAACAAAUGGGUGAUCGUUUGCAAGAAGCCCGCGAAAUCGGUAAUGUUGGUGCGGUUUAUUUAGCGAUGGGAGAAUUCGAUUCGGCCGUCGAUUGCCACACUCAGCACCUCCGGUUAGCGCGAAAACUGGGCAAUCAAGUGGAAGAGGCUCGCGCCUACAGUAAUCUCGGUUCCAGCUAUCACUACAAGCGAAAUUUCACCCAGGCCAUCACCUACCACGAAAACGUACUUCGAAUAGCCCAACAACUUGGCGAUCGUGCCAUCGAAGCUCGGGCAUAUGCCGGACUCGGUCACGCUGCUCGUUGUGGCCACGACUUUCAUCAGGCAAAACGAUGGCACGAAAAGCAGUUGGAAAUGGCAUUGGCUGCCCGUGAUAAAGUCGGUGAAGGUCGUGCCUGCUCAAAUCUGGGAAUCGUCUAUCAGCUCCUAGGCGAGCAUGACGCCGCCCUAAAGCUUCAUCAAGCUCAUCUGACAAUCGCCCGCCAGCUGCAGGACAAAGCCGGAAUGGGACGUGCUUACGGAAACAUCGGUAACGCCUACUCGGCGGCUGGUUUCUAUGAACAAGCGAUCAAAUACCACAAACAGGAACUGAUCAUAAGUAAAGAAGUGCACGAUCGGAGUGCGGAAGCCUCCACGCAUGGAAACCUGGCGGUGGCCUAUCAGGCCCUAGGAGCACACGAUAUGGCACUCAUGCACUACCGAGCCCAUCUGAACAUAGCCCGAGAGUUGAAGGACACCGCCGGCGAAGCCUGCGCUCUACUCAACCUCGGCAACUGCCUCAGCUCCCGGCAGGAAUUCGCUCAAGCUGUGCCGUACUACGAGCAGUAUUUAAUGCUAUCCCAAGAGCUGGGCGAUGUCGCCGCCGAAGGAAAAGCUUGUCAUUUUCUCGGUUACGCUCACUAUUGUAUCGGAAAUUACCGCGAAGCGGUUCGCUACUACGACCAAGAUCUUGCUCUGGCAAAGGACCUGCAAAACAAAAUGAACAUGGGUCGAGCAUACUGUAACUUAGGCCUUGCCCAUCUAGCACUCGGCAAUACGGCGGGCGCUUUGGAAUGUCAAAAAUAUUUCCUAGCAAUCGCACACAUGACGAAUCACCUGCCGGGAAAAUUCCGAGCCUUGGGCAACAUUGGCGACGUGCUAAUCCGAAUGGGAGACGUGGAUGAAGCAAUCAAGAUGUAUCAACGGCAGCUUUCUCUGGCCAGGCAAGCACGCGAGCGAGGCAUGGAGGCGGCAGCUUGCGGCGCCCUUGGCUUGGCGCAUCGAUUGCUAAAAAAAUUCGACAAAGCUUUAGGCUAUCACACGCAAGAGUUAACCUUACGGCAAGAAAUGGGCGAUCUGCCGGGUGAGUGUCGUGCUCAUGGACACCUGGGAGCAGUGCAUAUGGCACUCGGAAACUACACCCACGCCGUGAAAUGCUACCAGGAACAGCUGGAACGGGCCCAGGAAUUGCAGGACUCUGCAGUGGAAGCGCAAGCUUUCGGUAACUUGGGAAUAGCCAGGUUGAAUAUGGGCCACUACGAGGACGCUAUCGGGUAUCUUGAGCAACAGCUGGGAACUCUGGAGCAGGUGAAUACACCAACUGCACAGCAUGACCGAGCGCGAGCCUUAGGGCAUUUGGGAGAUUGUUACGAUGCUUUAGGCGAUUAUCAUGCGGAGGCGAUCAAGUGUCAUGAACGACAUCUGGCACUGUCGAUUGCUUUACAAAGCCCCCGCGAUCAGGAGCGUGCAUACCGAGGAUUAGGAAACUGCUAUAAAUCGGUUGGUAAUCUACAGGAAGCUUUAGUGUGUUUGGAGAAAAGACUAGUUGUGUCCCACGAGUUGGGUAAUCCGGAAGCGAAGGCUGCUGCCUACGGUGAUUUGGGUAGUAUUCAUAGUGCUCUCGGUAAUUACGAACAAGCGAUUAAUUGUUUAGAACAUCAGAGGGACAUUGCGCGCGAGCUUGGUGAUCGUGCACUAACGUCGGAUGCCAUCAGUGGAUUGGGAGCAGUGUUUUUGCAGAUGGCAGACUACGAUGAGUCGCUACGACUACAUCAGCAAGAUUUAGAGUUGUGUGAAAGCAUGAAUCACGUCGUUUUGCAAGCUAGAGCUUGUGGAAAUCUCGGUUCGGUUUACGAAUCACUGAAAAACUUCAAAGAAUCGGUUCGGUACUAUGAGAAACAACUUUCGCUAACGACUGAUCGCCUAACGAAGGCUCACGCCUGUCUCUCGUUGGGUCGAGUGUACCACAUAAUGGAACAGAUACCGCAGGCGGUGAGCUUCCUGCGGCAGGGCCUAGCAAUCGUCCAAUCGCUCAAUAAACUAGAAGAUGAAGCCAGAAUCCGAUACCGGCUGGGAUUAUCCCUUCUAGUAUCCGGUGACGAAGAUAACUCCCGACAGCAGAUGGAAAGUGCGGCCCAAAUUUUGGAGUCGAUUCGAAGCGACCAGGUGACGCCGGAAGCACGCACCAAUCUGUACGAUUUGCAGACAUCUUGCUACCAAAACUUGCAGAAAAUUUUAGUAAACCUCGGACGCACCGAAGAGGCCUUGGUGGCUGCCGAAAGAUGCCGCUCUAGAAUGGGUGCCGAUUCCAACCAGAGUGCGGAAAACUCCUUGAACAAUAGAAAAACGCUCCUAACGUGCAGUGAGUACAUCUUCGACACGGUCAAUAAGAGCAAAACGAACAUUAUCUACUACAGCUUAGCGGGCAGUGAAUUAUACGCGUGGUUUCUGUCGCCCCAGAAGCGAAUCGUUCGAUUCCACGUUGCGAAAAUCGACGAACAGGCACUGCAGAUGAAGAAAAAACCGAGCACGGCGAUCACCGGAGAGGUAACCGAAACCCUGCUGGCGCAGUACAUUGAUUUCGUUCGAGACAAUCUGGGGGUGAACUCCGGUAACGUCCUACAGGAGGGUGACGGCAGCGGGUGGAAAUCUUCGAACGAAAAUCUGAUCGAUGAUUUUGCCAACGAACGGGCCGGAUUUCUGAGGAUGGUCAACCGGAAUCAUUUGCUGAAUUCUAGCAACUACUCGCUGAGUUCUCUGUUUAGUUUGGGAAGCGUCGGCGGAUCGGUUGCCAGCUUGCAAGGAUCUACUAGAUCCAUUGGAAGUUUACAGGGAUCGACACGAUCCAGACGAUCCAACAUGCUGCCGCCCUGGCAGGGACCUUCGUGCCUGCACGUGCUGUACAACCUGCUGCUGGCACCGUUUGAAGACUUGCUGCCGGACAUUAGCACCACCUGUCGAAUCGGUCGUCGCGAGCUCAUACUGGUGCUGGAAAAAGAAUUGUACCUGGUGCCGUUCGCCAUCCUGCGUAGCGGUGAUGAAACUGGCGAGUAUCUUUCCGAGCGUUGCUCACUACUGACAGUGCCAUCGUUGCACACCCUGAGACAAAAGAGUCGGAUCAAGACACGCGACCCAGCGGAGGAACUGAACAGUGCGCUGGUAAUUGGUGGUCCCAAAAUACCCACCUCCCUAUCUGACACCUGGGGCUGGAGCGAAUCACCCGCAUCGCUGCAGGAAGCAGCCAUGGUAUCGGAUAUGCUGAACACCAAGCCGCUGGUUUCCUCCAGUGCCACCAAGGAGGCAAUUGUGGCUGAACUGCCCUCGGCUGAAUGCGUUCAUUUCGCAGCAAACGUCAGCUGGAAACUAGGAGCCGUCAUCUUAAGUCCCGGCGAGGUACUGGACUCGCAAACCCCGAAACGUUUCUACCCGAACGCUUCGGGAGAGAUGGAGAACGACGAAGACAGUAAUGAUUUGUCCUCGUCCAACAUGGAGAUUCCACCGCUUUCGGAUUUCAUUCUGAGUGCGGCUGACUUGUUGGCUAUGAAACUAAGUGCAAAGUUGGUGGUGCUGAGCUCGUAUCACUCGGUCGAACCAAUUACCGGAACCGGAGUGGCGAAUCUGGCCGGAAGCUGGUUGUUCGCCGGCACCGGUGCGGUGUUAGUUUCUCUUUGGCCUGUUCCGGAAACAGCAGCAAAAAUCCUACUCCGAGCAUUUUAUUCCGCCUUACUGCAGGGAACCCGAGCUGCCAAAGCUCUUGCAGAGGCCAUGCAAACUGUCCAACAUACGAAGCACUUUGCUCAUCCAGCCAAUUGGGCCGGAUUCAUUCUGAUUGGAGGAAAUGUUCGCUUAUCCAACAAAGUGGCUCUGAUCGGACAAGCUCUGUGUGAGUUGAUGCGCACUCCGGACAAGUGCCGAGAUGCGCUGCGAGUCUGUCUGCAUCUGGUUGAAAAGAGUCUGCAGCGGAUUCAUCGGGGUCAGAAGAAUGCCAUGUACACGACCCAAAAGAGCAUAGAAAACAAAGCUGGGCCAGUAAUUGGAUGGAAGGAUCUGCUGAUGGCAGUCGGGUUCCGAUUCGAACCGGCAGCAAACGGAAUCCCGUCCAGUGUGUUUUUCCCCCAAACCGACCCGGAAGACCGGUUGUCCCAGUGUUCGGCUAGUUUACAAGCGCUGCUUGGUCUGUCCCCUACCACUCUUCAUGCCAUGUCGAAGCUGGUAAAUAAUGCGGAAAUUGCUGAUGAAAUUAUCGGCGUGAUGCGCAACGUUGUGGCGCAGUUCCCAUCCAAGGGCACGCCCAAUGAUAACGAGAGCAUCGAUGUACCGCUGAGUGUCCGGCUGUGGCGAGUCUCAGGCUGCCAUGAACUGUUGGCUUCGCUCGGUUUCGAUUUGAUGGAAGUUGGUCAAGAUCAGGUUACGCUUCGAACGGGAAAACAGGCCAACCGUAGGAACUGUCAAUUUGUACUGCAAUCGCUGCUUGCUCUAUUUGAUACCCAAGAAGCUCCCAAAAGCUUGGGAAUAGAGUCUAGCAGCAGUUCUGAAUCAUUGAAUGAGGACACUUCGGAUGAUGCCCAGACGAAGGCACCCAGUCCAACGCCAACGGCACCGGAGCAGCAGCGGAGCGUGUCUCCAGCGGUGACCGUGAAGAGUCAAGCCAGUUACAACUUUCCUCGGCCUCCGUUGCCAUUUCGGCGGGUUCCCUUCCUGAGUACACGCAGUGCCUUUAUUUCCUACGUUCGCAGGCGAGGUGAACCCGAUGGUGGACAGACGGAAAGUUCCGCCCAGGUGCCCCUUGGGAAUCAGCAAGCCCAGGCGCAGGCUCAAUCGAACAACGCCCAAUCAAGCCAGCUGGAUUCUAGUUUGGCCAACACCACCGACAGCGAGCUGUCCGAUGGUUAUACCACGCAGCAGAUCCUCAUGAAGAGUGACCACCUGGCGAAGGGACUCGGAUAUUCGAGCCUGCGGGGAACUAUCAAAGUUUCCCGUCCCGGAGGUGGAGGAGAAAGUGAUGCCGCUUUCACUCCAAGCCCUCCAGUAACACUUCAAAACGUCGAUCCUAAUGUGUCACUUGCUUUGGCGCAUCAAACCCGAAUUCGAAAUCUCUACACCAACAACGGCAUUGGAAACUACGGCCAUGAGUCAACAAGAGAAAUGCAUCAUCACCAGAACCCCAACCUAAGACGACCAGAUAGUUCCAGUUCUGCCAGUUCCGCAACCGAUUGGGAAGGCUCCGGCCAUGCCACAGUCCUGCGAAGAGCUAACCAAGGAGGUCAUCAUAAUCUACCACCCCUGCCUCCUCCUCGGCAAACCCUACCAAUGGUGGACAGUCUGCGGCCGCUGGCUCCUCUAGCCCCGGUGUACAACAAUAUCAACGGAGGAAGUGUUGGAAAGACUCAAACAAACGGUAAAACUCUGAACGUCCUAGAAUCCACCAGUUCGGACUCCGAGUUCGAACGCAGUUUCGACCUGCCAUCAACAUCUAACGCGGCAACAAUUAGCAGCAAGCUAACCAGCCUUGCUCACAGUUUGCAAAGUAUGCGAAGUCGUAAGUUGAAAAUGCAACCUACUCAACAACCGCCCCAACCGACGGCAACAAUGUCCCGCAAAAUGGUCGAUCAGUUCGCCUUCAUGGAUCGUCUCAGCUGUCGAACGGAAAUUUCUUCCUCCAACAUAAACAACCAUUCAGCGCCACCACGAAAACCUCUUUCCACCCUACCGGACGACGAACGUACUCUUAACCUGAACGCCAGCAAACUGUACUUCAAUCCAACCGAAGCGGAAAUCAUACCCCUCACGGAAACUUCUGCCGAUCUUGGUCUAAGCAAAGCACCAACAACGGCGAUGACCUCGAGUACAGCUUCUGCCAGCACCAGCAGUAAGGAGAAAGCAAACAACAAAAACAUUCAAGAUUCGAUUCUACGCCACAUGAGCCGUGAAAUGACACCAACCAUCUCCGAGGUCUACCACGAACGGAACAUCGGACUCGGUUUGGCACCGUCGCUAUCCAAACUGCUGCUUAGCAAAAACUACGAUGACUCUCCAGACAUCAAAGCAUCAACAGCGGCCUCUCUACUGAACAAACCAAGCGCCCUAACCGUUGGUAACCUAGCCGAAGCCAUGAACGAAAUCGAAAUGAAUGCCACCACAUCGACCAAACUGGAGGAAGGCCAAUGUACCAUCUGUAACAGCCCGUCGGAUCUGCUGUGCGGGUGUAGCACAACUUCCACCGUAGCAGCCGUCGCCGCCAUGACGGCCGCACUCGGGGCCAGUACAAUCACGAAAAAGUCCAACUCGAAACCCUGGCUUAGCAACGUCGCUCCGAACAUCGUCAAACCAGGAGAUCUAACCACGGCCGACAUCCUGGAGCAGCAAAAGCAGCUCAAAUCCACUGUCAGUGGAUUAACUAGCAAUAUGUCCUCCUCUACCGAAAAUUCUCUGUCGACGGUGGUGAAGCGCGGUGGCAGUCCUUUCUCCGAUCUGUCCCGACGGGAUGAAGGCGAUGGUCGAAGUGUUGCGGAUUCGCAAUGCUCGGGAAGUUUUCGAACUGACAUAACCGGAUCUACCGUGACAACCACAUCAAAAAGCCAGCUGUCGCAAAUAACCGUUAGUGCAGCGCAGACCACUGGAAAUGUGGUCUCGCAGCAACAGCAACAACAACAUCAACAACUGCCAAAUGCGCAAAUCACCGGCGGUGGCGUCCAACAGACGACGAACCCCAAUCAGCGAAAUAAAUAUAUUAUCGAUACGUAGGCUAAGCAUUUUAUUUUUCUACUCCAGAAACUAGCGAGAGGUAAGAAUGAGAGUAGCCAAUUUUAAAGCCAUCGACAAAUAAGAUAUAUAUAUAUAUAUAUAUAUAUAUAUAUAUAUA